CAAAAAAAAAAAAAGAAAAAAAAAGAAGAAACAACUCCAGGCCAAGCCAAGGGUUCAACCUGCAGUUGGGUCUUUAAGGUUGUUCCUUGGAAUAAAGACUGAACCUGAGAAGGUGAUUGGUGGUGUUAGUGAGGCUGAAAUGGAUGGUUCAAAACCAGUUUUGGAAGAAACAGAAACUGAGGGUCAAGUCCCAAUGGAGGCCGAGACUGGAGCUGGUGAAGUUAAAGACCAAGUUCAAGUUGAAGAAGAUGUGAGAUUGGAGGCUGAUCAGCUGGUUGGUGACAACCCAGAUUCAGUAGCACAACAAGUCAUUGAAGAUACUAGCAAAGCUCUCAUUGUUGUUGGUGCUCAAAAUGAAGAAAAAAUGAAGCCUGAAGAGAGUGUUGGUGUUGAAGACAAAUCUUUAGCUGAAAUUGAUACCAAGAUGGGUGUUAUUGACCAUGACGAUGAGGGUGGUGACGGUGGUGGUGGUGGUGGCCCCAUUCAUUCACAUGAUAAUGGUCUUUAUGGAAGCCCCAACUCUGACAUGAAACCCCAAGAUGAUGACCAUGGCAUUGACAAUGGGGAACAGUUAAAGGACUUGUCUACUGAAAGGGAAAUGAAUAUGCAAUUAGCAACUGAACUUGGUGAUAAAAACCCUAAUCUAUGCUUUGAUAACUCAGGGUCAGACACUGAAGAAGAACAAGCAGCUUUUGUGAAGGAGGUUGAAGCCUUUUACAAGGAGAAGAACCUGGAAUUCAAGCACCCUAAGUUUUACAAGGAGGAUCUAAAUUUACUUAAGUUAUGGAGAGCUGUCAUUAAAUUAGGUGGCUAUGAACAGGUGACCUCAUGCAAAUUGUGGAGGCAAGUGGGCGAAUCAUUUAACCCUCCGAAGACCUGUACUACUGUAUCGUGGACAUUCCGUAUCUUUUAUGAGAAGGCACUGCUCGAGUAUGAAAAGCAUAAAAUACACGGUGGAUUACUCCCUCAUGCAGAUACUUCAUUUGUUGAGCCUAAUGGAGUUGAAGCUCAGGCUGGUAGUAAUCAAGCUCCUGGGUCAGGUAGGGCAAAGAGAGAUGCUGCUGCUCGUGCCAUGCGGAGCUGGCAUUCUCAACGUGUUCUUGAUAACGGUGAGGUCUGUCAUCCAAUCAUCAAGGACAAGACCUCUAGUCCGACGCUCAAAAGUGACAGACAACUUAAAAAUUUUGUCGUGGCCUCAGGUUUAUUGAAGCGUAAAAAGCCAUCCACUUUGGACUCUGGUGUCCGAGUUUCUCAACUUAAAGCAACUAAAUCACAGCGUUCUUUUGGUAGGUUGGAUACCGCGGUUGUUGAUGUCGGAGCCCCAGCUGAUUGGGUGAAGAUUAACGUGCAAAAAACCGUUGACUGCUAUGAGGUCUAUGCUUUGGUUCCCGGGCUUCUUCGUGAGGAGGUGCAUGUUCAGUCUGAUCCAGCAGGACGUUUGGUUAUAUCCGGUCAACCAAAGGAACUCAAAAAUCCUUGGGGUGUUACACCCUUCAAAAAGGUUGUCAGCUUGCCAUCUAGAAUCGAUCCGCACCACACUUCAGCUGUGGUUACCCUGCAUGGUCAAUUGUUUGUCCGAGUCCCGUUCGAGGCAGCCGAUGUAUAAGAUGGAUUUGUAGGUUUCUGUUUUUUAGCAUCUUCACAGUUAGAGAUUUCUUUAGUUUGAAAUCAACCUGACAUCUAAUUCAGGAAUGCACAUGUUUAGCUUUAUGUGAAUAUGACUCCAAAGAUUUGGAUUGUGUUCCGUUGCUUGACCUGUUUGAUAGUAAACAAUGGCAAGCCAAAUGUUGGCUCUCUCUCAUCACCUUCCUUAAAA